GAUUCUCACUCACUGCUCACUCCCAACUUGCCAAUUCCUUUUAUUCCACCAUCAAUAAACAAUCACUCACACACGCUCUUUUUCUUUUUUUUCUUUUCUAUUCUUUUCUUUCUUUUUUUUUUCUUUUCUUAUUCAAAAUUAAGAGAGCAAAAAUUAAUCAUUUUUUCAAAUUUUUAUCAUAGAGGUGAAAAAAAAAAGCUUAAUCCGAUGCAGUCGGACGACAGCAAAAAACUGGGCAGCGGCGGCAGCAGCAGCGGAAAGGCGAAAAAGGGAUUUCUAGCAGUCCAAGUAGGCUUAGAAGAUGAUUCAACAUCAUCAUACAAUCAUGAUGAUGAUCAUAGAAACGAAUUACAAAAAUUUGUUAUACCAAUUUGGUAUUUAUACCAUCCUUUAUUCAUUCGGCUAUUAGACCAAGCUAGAGAAGUUUAUGGAUACCAUGUUGAUGGACCAUUGAAGCUUCCUUGUUCUGUUGAUGAUUUCAUUCAUGUCCGUUGGAUGAUUGAAAAGGAAAAUCAUCAUGGUGGGUCCCGCCGCCAUGUCCACCAUCAUAAUCUCCACCCUUAUUUUACUCAUGCGCCGUCCUUUCGUUCUUGUUAGGAUUUUUUAAGGGUUUGAUAGUGAUAGACAAGGAAAAAUAUAUUGGGUGGUCUAAAAUUUAAGAAUAUCUUAAUUCCCAUCUAUAAUAUUUCGAACAUUUUAAUAUUAAUAUAUGUAAUUAUUUUUUAUCCGCAUAAAAUACAUUGAAUUAUCAAUCAACACUAUAGAAAUUAAGUGUUA